UCCAAACAAAAUCUAACAACACAACAAUCAAGCAGAUAAAUCUUAAAAAUUUGGAGAAUAUUCUGACAGAAGAAAAUGCCAAUCCAACACUUACCAGGAAAAAGAUGCGAAGUCCGAAUCCACAGCAACAAGAAAUGCACUUUAGAAAACACACCCACCACCUUUCCUUCCUCAAAUAUUCCCACCACUUGAGAAAUAUUCUCACAUUCUCUAAAUUAAAAAUUCCUCUCUCGUAAUAUAAAUGAAGUCAAACAAUGAGUCAUUUGAUUCACAAACAGCAAAAUCCUGUGAGAAUUUUGUCUCCCAGAGUCUGUUGAAAAGCGAUGAAACUCGCGAAGUUCAGGAGGACCCACCUGGAGGAGACACUCCCGGAGUGGAGGGACAAGUUCCUCUGCUACAAGCUCUUGAAGAAGCUCCUCAAGCGCUUGCCCGCCACCACGGCCGCCAUUGCCGCGGUGGAUUCCCUCCCUCGCCACCUCGAGUUUCAGCCGGCAAAUGCGCAUCUGGCCGUUGCCGAUGGAAGUGGCGAGUUCCAUCCCUUGGGGGGACUGUUCGUUCCGAUUCUGAAUGAGGAGCUGAAGAAGUUAAACGAUUUUUAUGUUGAUAAGGAGGAGGAGUUCGUUAUACGAUUCCAGGAGCUGAAAGGAAGAAUCGAGAGAGUUGGGGAAAGGAGCAGCAGUGGUGGAGUUUUUACAUCAGAGACCUUCAGGAAAGAAGUGAUGGACAUCCGUAAGGACUUUGUCACCAUUCACGGGGAGAUGGUGCUUCUCAAAAAACAUGGCUGGUGGAAUUUUAGAGCGCUUGUCAAAAUUCUAAAAAAGUACGAUAAACGAACUGGAGGAGAGUUGCGUUUAUGUUUCACGCAACUAGAUCACCAGCCUCUCUUUACAACAGAAACUCUCACGAGGCUAGUCCGUGAAUGCAAGGCAACUCUCGAGCUUCUCUUCCCAUUGGAAGCAGAAGUCAUUGAAGGUACACCAACCACACAAGUGAAACCACUGUUGAAUAGUAAGUUGUGAGCUAAUUAGUACUAGAGAAAUAAAGCCUUGUGUUUUUAAUUGUGUAUUCACUAGUGUCAAAGAAUGACAAGUGUAAGGCUCUCAAUGUAAGGCUAUGAUUGUCACGUGUUAGAAUCCUAGACUAUAGGAAGAUGAAUAGCUGAGAUCACUUUGAUGAAUGUGUGAGCUCCAGCUGCAUAACCAACCAUUGUAGUGUUCGAGUUGUGUGCAAGAGAGAAAAAAUAUGAAAUUCUCCUCUGUGACUUGCAAAGGUUGAAGCAUUCCAAAAUCUUGUGUGAAAUUCCUUUUGUUCUUCUUCAUUUUUCAUAGUGAAUUCCUCAAUCAAACUUACAAAUAUCAAAUACACUAA